GUUGAAUUCAAGAUUCUUGAAGAACUUUCGGGGUUAGGGUCACUUUUUCGAUGUUGAUUUCGGGGUUAACAUUCCAACAGCACCACUUCCACCCCUGCCACUGCACGUACUGUGCAGACUCGACACCACCAAAAAGUUUGGAGGUCGAAGCUCAGGUUCGUCAUCUACUCUACAAAAUCAAUCACCAACUCCCAGAGAAUUAAAACUCCACCACACCCCCAAUCUCAUAGCCACUCAUACCCCCAAGUCUCCUCAACCACCUCCACCAACCCGCAAAAAUGGAGGACACAAAAUCCGCCGUCAUGAACCAAGUACGACAAGAAGCCGCCAUGACCAACGCGCGCCAAUUAAUCGAGGUAAAUUUCCAUUCCAAUUCCAAUUCCAAUUCCAAAUACACACCCAUCCAAGUGCACCUACAAAUAAAAGCCCACACACAUUCUAACACAACCACACAGAAAGUCAACCAACACUGCUUCGAAAGAUGCGUCCCCAAACCGGGCGCCUCAUUAUCCAGCGGCGAGACACAAUGCUACACACAGUGUAUGGAGAAAUACAUGGCAGCGUGGAACAUCGUGUCGACGACGUAUAUCAAGAGGAUACAGCAGGAGAGUGCCAAGGGGGCUGGUGGAGGGGUGUUCUAGGGGGGUUUGUUAUGAGAGGAUGCAAAGGAUAACCUGUAUGAUCACACACGAUGGGGUUUGUACAAUAGAGGGGGUGUAUUAUGGGU